UUGAUUUGACGAGCGCAUUUUUCUUCGUUGUUGUUUUUUUUGGCGCGUAACAGAAUAUGCAAACGCCACGAACUUCGUUCAGGCGCGCACUUCCGUUUCCAAAAACUUUUAGCACACCGUAUGAUAUAGAUAAUAACGGGAGAAAAAUCAACUUGGAACUUGCCACCACUCCGCCACACUCAAGUUACACGGAAUCAGUCAACUCGCAAGGGAUAAAAGAUCCAGCGAAUUUUCUCUCUAGCUGCGAGACGGAACUCCGAUUUGGUUUUUUUUCUGCUUUAAGCGGGUUGGAAUUGGCAAAAAAAUGUUCUUCAGUAGACCUUUCAAGUGAAAACCAAGUAGACUUCGUCUUGAGUGAAAUUCAGUCUCAACUUAACUCCAAACGUGAAAUUAUUUCGCAGCUGUUACAGGACCGUUCCCUGCACCCGGUUUACAGAGAGCCACUUGAAAGAUUAUUGAAAGUUCUCCAAAGUGAGAGAGAUACUUGGUACUUGUUGAACAUAGUGACAGUUUCCAGCCCUGUGGAUUCAGUGACUGCUUCUUUGAAACCGCCCGCGCAUUGGUAUGACAAACAAACUACGACAUUGAUCAAAUGUAGAUGUAUUUUGGAAUGGUGUGAAAAAGUGGCUAUGGAACGUAUUUUUGGAGAAAAGCCUGAUGAGACACCCGAGAACUGUGUCCGCAAGGUUGAACAAAAGCUGGCACCGCUAAAUGACCCUGCAUAUUGUUGGUCACAUACCUCAAGUUUGGAAGGUAAGACAAAACUGGACCCGGAUUAUCCAUUUAGAAAACACGAGCUUCAUCAAACUGAUCGACAUGCGGAUGACCACAUUUGUCAUCAAGUGUAUAUUUUGUUUCGUGUCGGCUUGUUGGAUAAAGCAAUUCUCGUCACAGAAAAGGUGGAGCAAGUAUGGAGAGGCAUUUGUUUGUUAGGUUUCUUUGGUGCUUGGAAUGCUGCUAGUAACGGAGAGAUUGGACAAACUUGGAAUUUGUGGAAACUAGCCGCAAAGGAAAUUGCUUCGAACCCGUCAACGAAUAUAUAUGAAAGGAGCGUUUUUAGUGCUCUUUGCGGGAUGCCUUCUAGAGCUCUUUCAGUGUGUCAGACUUGGGAAGAUCAAGUGUGGAUUUAUUUUUUCUGUGAAGUUUUAAAGUUUUGGGAAGAAUUUCUCUUUUCAGAAUCUCCAUCUUUGCGUAGUGAAGAACACAUUUUUUCGGUCUUUGAACAAUGUGAAGGGAUAGAUAAAGACGGUUUAGAAUUGAAUGUCAUGCGUCGGGUUCAAAGUUUUUUAGCUUUAGGUAUUGAUUUGAGUUCUCAUUUAGCUCAAAUGCUUUUGCAGUUUCUUUUAUCUUGUCAGAGUGCGCAUGAAGAUUGGUCCUGGUUUUUGCGGUUUAGUGCCCAUGUGGUCAUUCUACUAAGAAUAAGUCGUGGGAAUGAAGAGGAUGAGCUAUUUCAGCGAUAUUCAGAACAAAUUUUACUUGCGUAUUGUAAACAUCUUCUAUUUUUGUACGUGUCAGAUGAAAUGCAGGCAGCAGAACAAGGACUGACGAGGUCAAAGACACCUUAUGAUGAAAUUAUGAUGGUUUACUUUUCUUAUCUAAUGGAUGAGUCCAAUUUGGUGACCUGUUGUGUAGAAUAUAUGGUCAGUGCUUUGAAAGCAGAUACAAUGACGGAACAAGUUCGUUUGGAACUAAAGAGUCGACAACUUUCUCAACUUCAUUCAGAUGAACGCCGAACUUCGUGCUUGGGGAAGAUUGGACAGUACUUAGCUAGUUUUCCUCGUUCUAUGUUAAACAAAAUAGUAGAAACUGCAGUUGCUCACGUGUGGAACCAUUAUCUAUCGAAUGAAGAAUCUGAUGAUGUCAGAAUUUUGGACAGUGAUCUGUUUCUUAUCCGAAGUGUCGACUUUUUAAUUUUCCCAGCCUAUCAAAAUUACCAUCUAGCAGUUGCUUGCGUCAAUUUAUUUGUGAGAAAGUUCAUAUUAUCCGGUAAAGUUUUAUCAGCUCAAAAUACUCUUGAUGAGAUUUCAGAAGAUGUUUUACUGGAAAUUGAGAAGGAGCGGUCCUUAUGGUCUUUGAGUCAUGAAUUCCGUUGUUGGCAACAGUUUUUCAAGGCAUGGGAUGCCAUUUUGGAGUGGAGAAAAUACGCCAUGUCACAGCGCCCAGCAUCUCUUCCAUCGAAUAUCAGCCAUAUUUUGAAUCCAACUGAUGAUAAUGUUUCCACUGAAGAACAACUUUGGGCAAGGCAUGUGCUGGAAAAUUACGAAACGGAAUGGAAGCAGUAUCUAACUCAUUGCAAUUCAUUGGGAGAAAUCUUAUCGAAGGAGGUUAUUUCCACUUUAACUAUGGAAGGAGGCUGGCUGGUGGAUUCUCUUCCAUAUGAACCUCCAGUUUCAGUGUGUCUUAAUAUUUUUGAUCAUGUGGAACGUCAAUUAGAACUGGAAAAGAUAAGACGACAAUAUGUUCCAUUGAUGCUCAUGCAAUUGGUUGAUGUUUACAAGCAGAUGGGAAAGUUGAGUUCUUGUGUUGAACUCGUUCAGCUUGUAGCCGAGGAUGCCUCUCAGUUUCUUUCGGAUUUGGGUACAGAAGUAUUGGAACCAUUUAUGCAACAAAUUAUUCAAGUUUAUUUGGAGAGAACUUUUCGAAGCGACCUUAUGAAAAGUGACCCACAUUUGGUUCUUUCCAUUAUUCAUUUUCACAUGCAAGUUGCCUGGUGGCGCCUUUUGGGUUGGUCAGCCAAGGAUAAGCCACUUUCACAAUAUAUUGUUGUGAAAGACAAUGCAUUUUGUGAAGGAGCACCGUUUAUGUAUCAACUGGCUUCAGUCUACUUGCAGAAUAAUUUUUGUUUGUUGUAUUUGUCUACUGAAACACCUUGGUAUUCAUUAUAUUUGAGUUUAAGAAAGUUGGGAGUACGUCUAGACUCCAGCUUUUUUAAGGGGCGCAUACUGUUCCUUGAUGGUAUGGACUCUCUGGAAACAACCCAACAGGAUUACCCUGACUGUUUUUUUCAACACGUCAAAGUGAACGUUAAGAAUCCAUACGAUUUGACUAGACAAGUUUGUAGUUCGAUGGAUCAGUGGCUCACUGAAAGACUCGAUUCGGAACCACUGUCUUUAGCUAUUCUUGUAGAUAGUGCUACUUCUAUUCUCUAUCUCAGUAAUCAGUCAAACAGUUUCAGUUUAUUGUUUCACUAUCUUCGGGUUAUGGGACGAAAGUUAAGUCCAACACUAUAUUGUGUAUGCCAACUUAUCCAUUUUGAUAUGGGUUAUGGUGACGAGCUUCUCAAGGAAGCAAAGUUUUAUGAUAGUCUUAUCUUACAGUUGGAUGCUUUGCCAACGUGAUCAAGCCAUAUCUACGGUCCUUUUUAAGAU